GUUGUCAGCAGUGAUAGAUGUUCCUGUAGUAUAAGGAGUCUGAUCACAUGACAUUAUAUCGGUGAUGUCAUCAGUGGGGGGCGGUUCUUUCUCCUGUCUCAUUAUUUCCAGGUCUCUCGGGCUCUGGGGCAGCUGUACAGCGAGAUGAUUUUUGUCCAUGGAUUUGUGCAUUGUGACCCCCACCCUGGAAAUGUGCUGGUCCGACAGUCAGAAGGAGGCCCAGAAAUCCUACUGCUGGAUCACGGGCUGUACCAGGAACUGACUGACAACUUCCGCCUGAACUACUGUCACCUGUGGCAGGCGUUGCUAGCGGCAGACAUGGCCGGGGUUCGCAGGUACAGCCAGCGCUUGGGGGCUGGAGACUUAUACCCCCUGUUUGCUUGUAUGCUGACGGCCCGAUCCUGGGACUCUGUGAGCCGCGGCAUUGAUCGAGGUCCUGUCAGCGCAGCGGAGGCGCAGGAGAUCCGCAGUAAUGCCGCCGCGUACCUUCCUCAGAUCAGUCAGCUCCUCGCCAGUGUCCCGCGUCAGAUGCUUCUACUGUUGAAAACCAACGACCUCCUGCGCGGGAUUGAGACUGCUCUUCACACCAAUGCUAGUGCUAGCUCCUUCCUCAGCAUGUCUCGCUGCUGCAUUCGGGCAGUUGCCAGACAUCGCAGACAGACGGCCACCUCAUUUUGGUCCUCCGCUCAUAUCUCCAUCUCAGAGUCUCUACAUCUGGGACAGCUGCGGCUCUAUGAGCUCCUUCUUCGGGCACGGACCUCCUGGCUGCAGCGCUGGCUGACUCUUCUUGUGCACUGGAUAUCAUACUCUAUAUGGACAUCUCCUGGGGACCUUCAGCCUACGGAAGGUUUGGCCGGUGCUUAGAACUGUAGCUUGCACGGGGAGCCGGUCUGUAUAAGUGCAGGCCUCACCAGUACACGGAUGUGUUCAGAUCAGAGGCGUGAUCUUCUUUUCACCACCAGGUGGCGCUCGAGGCCUAGAGCUCUGGUCACCGACAGUGGAGAUGUACCGAACAGCAGCAGAGGACGCUGGGCCCCGUCCGUCAGUUAUUAGAGUCGCCGCCGACUUAUUACAAGGUCUUGAGGUUUCCUUGCUGUUUUGGGGUGCUGGCAUGUCUUGCUUCAUGUUCUUGUCUCGGACUCUUGUGUACUAAUUUGUCAUGUUUGAGCCGUAUGCUGACCCCAAAACAUGCGCUGUUUAGUGACACUGAGCUACACAAGGCGAGGCAAUGUCAAUGACUGCUAGCUCUUAGGACAAGAAUGAUCUUCCAUAUACUACCGCACACCCGCAGAGCAAUGAGCACUGUCGGUCCGGGACCGCAGCCCACCUGUGUGCUAUGUGCUUUCCGGCGACUCAGGUGUGAGGUCUGCUCUGGUAUUAAAGGGUCCUGUAACCUCUCUUCA